AUUACAUCUUACAUCCUUUUUAAUGCAGAUUUUAGUGUGAAUGUGUUUUAAUGUGAAUGUGUUACGCCAAAGAUUUUAAAGAUAUGCCGUCUUACGCCGUUGUUACGACGACAACUAAGUUGCCGAUUGCUGCAACGAUGAAAGGACCUGGCCCUGCCAAAUACGGACUACCUUCUUGUUUAGGUCACCCUGGACAUGAUAUCAGAAAGUCCAAAUCACCAGCCUUCUCGUUUGGGCGGCGAUUAAAGACCGUAACCAGCAGUGACAGUCCGGGGCCCGCCUAUAUGUUUCCUGCUCGCAUGACGCGUCAGGGUGGGGACGGUGCUCCUGCGUACAGUUUACAUGGCAGACCCAAAAUGGCCAAACCUCUAGCUACUCCUGCACCAGGGCAUUAUAGACCGGAACGGAGACGUAACAGUGCUUCUGGAUACUCCUUCGGAAUGAGGACUAAAACCUUCACCCACGAUAGCACGCCCUCUCCCAGUGCUUACACUAUACCAUCGUAUGUUGGUAGUGGAGAGCGUUCCUCCAGAGCAGUUUGUAAGUUAUUAGUGCCUGUGAUGUGUUAA